AUGGCUGAUGCCAAUUCAAAAGAUUUGUCAGCAUUAGAGCGAUACAAGUAUACGCCGAUUGAGGAUAACUACUCGGUUCGCAUUUUAACAUUGGAACCCGGCGCUGGCGAUGAGCCAUUAGUCGGUCAUCUAGGCUUCGAGAACCUUGGUCUGAGUCCGCGGUAUGAAGCGAUUUCUUACUGCUGGGGUACCGAUGGUCGUUCGUCAGAGAUCAUCUGCGAUGGAGAAUCUCUUGCGUUGACAAAAAGCAUUGAGGGGGCACUUCGUCGUAUGAGACAUGCCACCUCUCAGCGUCGUCUCUGGGCAGACCAAGUCUGUAUCAACCAAUACGAUAUUGCGGAGCGCAGUCAGCAAGUCGGUCUCAUGAAUGCCAUAUACAAAGGAGCAGAUCAUGUCUUGGUCUGGCUGGGCGAUGACCACGAGGGUGUCGCGCAUGAUGCCGUGACUAUGAUACACUACCUCGACGGCGUAUUUAAUAAUGAGGAGAUACAUAAUGAAUUCAAAAGGGUUCACUCGGAGGAGCUUUUGAAACAAGACAGAACACCCUGGGUGCCUUUUUCCAAUCUGACGAGGCUACCGUGGUUCAGUCGAAUGUGGAUUGUCCAAGAAAUUGGCACGAGUGCACCGGCCACGCUGUACUGGGGAGAUGCUGAGAUUGACUGGGAGAUUCUCUCGUCAGUUGCAGGUGUCUUGAAUACCCAGUACCACUAUUUGCGCUCAAGGUUUUCAAUAUUCACUCCCAAUAUCAGGUAUCUGUAUCAGAGGUUCGUCGAGCCUGAAGAACAGUACGACUUCAAUCACAACCGCGCUGCAUUCAUCUACGAGCUGCAUCGCGCACGGCACUUGCUGGCAAAGGACCCUCGAGACCACGUAUACGCCUUUCUGGGCCACUUCUCUCUCAGCACGGGAAGUCAAAGCCUCAAAGAGCUUGUGCCCGAUUACAGCAGGCCCAUCGAGGACAUCUUCUACGAUGUAGCGGCCCGAGAACUCUCCGGCUGUGAAACCCUUCUUGUCUUGUCUGCCUGCCAUGCAGUGCCCGCGACGUAUCGACGCAGACUCAUGGAGAGAGGCAAUAUUCCCACAUGGGCUCCAGACUGGCGUAUUGUACCUCUUCAUCUCAUGGGAACACCUGGUUCUCCACACCGAGCAUCAGGUAAUUUGCUACCAAAGCUGCACAUCGAUGACAAGAGACGGGCCCUGCAUAUCCGUGGCGUUCGCUUGGAUCACCUGCACCGACCUUCAUGGAUCUUCUGGCACAAUGCUUUCCACUUCCAUCGCAACCACAAGAACCCCCGCCGUCUCCCUAUCGAAGCUGUGUGGCGCGAUAUCUGUCGUGGCAACGAGCCAUUCAAUCUACAAAAGCGCUAUCGCAAUGGAGAGUCUGCCUUCUUCGCACUUGUGCAGAGUCUCACAAAUGCCUGCAUCGGAGUGGAUCGUUCGCGACCAUAUGAGAGCGUGCCGAAGGAAGAGUGGCUUGCCAAUGGCGCAGCAUAUCUUGUUCGUGCUCUAAAUAGCACUGAUGCUGUCAGUCAAGAGAUCCAAGACCUUGCACAUACAGGCGAUGGGUUCAAAUGGAGCCAUGAGGCGACGUUGAUCACGAGGUAUCGUGGCUUUGCUAUUACUGCUGGGGGGUGGUUUGUGGUUGGUCCUGAUAUCAUGCAAGGUAUUCCAUAUGUGCCUUGA